UCUCUCCCCUUCGUGUCGCCCUUAAUCGCCCCAUUUCCCGCGAAAACCUGCCUUGUCUCUCAACCGUCGCAUCUCUUUUCUCUAUCGUCAGUUCACACUACAGAACGAGCCAAAAAAUGCUAUGAUGGUUCAAAACGACAACGGCAACAGCAAAAACGACAAUGUCGAGCUCUUCGUCAAUGAAUCAGGAUCCAUCAUCGUCCGCCUCGACGCCGUGCAAGCUCAGGAAGAUACCUCCCAUCCCGCUUCGACGUGGGCAGAGGGAUGACUCCACCGACAUUGAGGACAAUGUUGAUGACACCGAGGAGGAGGAGGAGGAGGAGGAAGAGGAGGUGGAGGAGGAGGACGAUGAUUUCCCUGGGCCGGACGAGGACACGCCCAUCAUUCUCGCUGCUGCACUGGGGUUGAACCAUAUUAGGACAAGAUCCGCUCCCUCACCUUCACCGCUUAGGUUCUCCUCCACGGCCGGGACUCCGUCAAAUCUUGGGAACCGGGCUCGUAAGGAGAAAGCAGGCGCCGCGGAGCCCAUCCCUGGUUGGGCCACCCCUCAUCACCAGCCGAACCCGAUGGAACAAGGGAAAAAGGUUCCCUGGAGUCAAUCUAAAUCAUUGAAAAAUCCUUCUCCUCUCAAUCCGGCGUUGGAGAAUCAGCAUGCAGGUGUUGGCAAGGACAUGCAAUCUCCGCGUUUCCAAGCUAUAAUUCGACUUACAAGUAGCAGGAAGAAGAAAUCAAAUGAAAUCAAAAGCUUCUCUCAUGAGCUCAAUUCAAAAGGAGUUCGUCCCUUUCCUGUUUGGAAGUCUCGUGCGUUUGGUCAUAUGGAGGAGAUUAUGGUGACAGUAAGGGCAAAAUUUGAUAGGAUGAAGAUAGAAGUUAACUCUGAUUUAGGUGUUUUGGCUGGUGAUUUGGUGGGUAUACUUGAAAAGACGUCAGAGUCUAACCCUGAAUGGAAGGAGAAUUUGGAAGAUUUGUUGGUUGAAGCUAAUCGUUGUGCUAAGCUGUCACCCAAUGAAUUUUGGGUGAAAUGUGAGGACAUCGUACAAACUGUGGAUGACAAGCGUCAAGAGCUACCGAUGGGCAUUGUAAAACAAGCGUACACCCGCCUUCUUUUUAUCCUCACUCGAUGCACAAGGCUUGUGCAGUUCCAAAAAGAGAACGGUUAUGAAUGCGAACACAUUUUGGCUCUUCACCAACUUAGCGACCUUGGAGUUUAUCCAUUGGAAAUUGCACAGAAUGAAUUCAGUGGCCCUUUGGGUGGAAAUGAAGUGACUGAGAAACAUAGAAAGAAGUCAUGUGGCCAGGAACAAGGCCAAUUUGUUUCAAAACAAGGGAAAGUCGAUCAAAAUGUGGAAGUUGGCACUGCAAAAAGUGUUGACUCGACUACGAGCAGUUAUAGAAUGUCAUCUUGGAAGAAACUUCCAUCAGCUGCUGAGAGAAAUCGGAAAGGCUCUGAGGCUGUUUAUACUCCCGCCAAGAAUAAAUCGGAACAGUUGCUAAUGAAAGAUGAAACAAAAAAUGGCAGUGACGAGAAUUCUGAAGAUCAUGAAACUCCACCUUUCCAUCCUCCAAUUGCAGAACUUAAAAAGUUAUCUUUGGGACUCUGGGGGGAUCACCAUAAUGUGAGUUAUGAAAAUUCGAUGAUCUGUCGUAUCUGUGAGGUUGAAAUACCAAUAGUUCAUGUAGAGGAGCACUCUAGAAUAUGUACCAUUGCUGACAGAUGUGACUUGAAAGGGUUGACUGUAAAUGAACGGCUUGAAAGAGUUGCAGAAACUCUUGAAAAGAUAUUAGAAACUUUGACACCGAAAAGCACACCGAAUAGCAUUGGUUCCCCAAGGGAAACUGCUGACGCUGCAAGGGUGUCUACAUCAAGUACACACGAAGAGUUAGACCAUGUGUCACCAAAGAGGAAUACCUUGUCUCGACGUUGCUCCGAAGACAUGCUUGAGUGUGUUCCUGAUGCUGAUACCUUUGUCAUAGAGGAUCUAAAUGUCUUGCCUAACAUUUCUUGUGAGGCACAAUCUGGUUUGGCUUCUGAUCUAAGUGCAAAAACUUCAUCUGCUGGAAGCUUGACCCCAAGAUCACCACUACUAACGCCACGAACCAGCCAGAUUGAACUUCUAGUAAGUGGACGACGAACAAUAACAGAGCUUGAGAACAAUCAUCAGAUAAGCAAGCUACUGGAAAUUUCCCAUUCUAUUGCAAAUAUAAAUGAUUGUGACUACAAUGCAUUGGAGUGUAUGCUUGACCGCCUUGAAGACUUAAAAUAUGCCAUCCAGGACAGAAAAGUGGAUGCCCUUGUUAUUGAGACUUUUGGAAGACGCAUUGAGAAACUAUUGCAGGAGAAAUAUAUACUUCUUUGUGGACAGAUAGAUGAUGAAAAAAUAGAUACGUUGAAUACCAUUGCUGAUGAAGAUAGUUCAGUGGAAGAUGAAGCAGUUCGUAGUUUGCGUGCAAGUCCUAUCAAUCCUUCUACUAAGGACCGAACAUCCAUAGAAGACUUUGAAAUAAUUAGACCGAUCAGCAGAGGUGCAUUUGGACGUGUUUUCCUUGCUAGGAAAAGAGCGACAGGCGACUUAUUUGCUAUAAAGGUUCUGAAAAAAGCUGAUAUGAUACGAAAAAAUGCAGUUGAAAGUAUUCUGGCUGAGCGUAACAUCCUAAUAUCAGUUCGCAAUCCUUUUGUGGUCCGAUUUUUCUACUCCUUCACAUGCAGGGAGAAUCUUUAUCUGGUCAUGGAGUAUCUGAAUGGCGGAGAUCUUUACUCUUUAUUGAAAAAUUUAGGCUGCUUAGAUGAAGACAUGGCCCGCGUCUAUAUUGCAGAAAUUGUUCUUGCUUUGGAAUAUCUGCAUUCUAUGAAUGUCAUUCAUAGAGACUUGAAGCCGGACAACUUAUUGAUUGGUCAAGAUGGUCACAUCAAGUUGACAGAUUUUGGACUCUCGAAGGUUGGUCUUAUUGAUAGCACCGAUGACUUAUCUGGUCUAUCGCUCAGUACCUCUAGUUUUCUUGGUGAUGAUGAGCCAAAAAGUCAAGCUUCAUCAAAGAAAGAGCACCGCCAAAAGCAUUCAGUCGUUGGCACCCCUGAUUAUUUGGCGCCUGAGAUACUUCUCGGCAUGGGACAUGGUGCUACAGCUGAUUGGUGGUCAGUAGGAAUUAUUCUUUUUGAGUUGCUAGUGGGUAUGCCACCAUUCAAUGCAGAAACUCCACAGCAAAUAUUUGACAAUAUAGUGAAUAGAAAUAUACCCUGGCCCAAGAUACCCGAGGAGAUGAGCUAUGAAACGUCAGACUUGGUCAACAAAUUGCUGACUGAAAAUCCGGUUCAAAGGCUUGGAGCAACAGGAGCCAAAGAGGUGAAACAACAUCCUUUCUUUAAGGACAUUAACUGGGAAACACUUGCAAGGCAAAAGGCUAUGUUUAUACCAUCAGCUGAACCUCAUGACACUAGUUAUUUUAUGAGUCGUUAUAUAUGGAAUCCAGAGGAUGAAAAUGUGCAUGGAGCGAGUGACUUUGAUGACCUUACUGACACAUGCAGCAGUGGUUCCCCAAACAACUUGCAGGACGAAGAUGGGGAUGAAUUUGGCAGUCUGGCAGACUUCAGUGCUCCAAACCUAGCCGUGAAGUAUUCGUUCAGUAAUUUCUCCUUUAAGAACUUAUCUCAGCUGGCCUCUAUCAACUAUGAUAUGGUUGUGAAGAGCGCAAAGGAAUCAGCAGAAUCAUCCAAACCAUCUGUCCCAUGAUAGUUUUCACGGUUCAUUUAGAAAAUAUACACCAUCACUUAUUAAAUGGUGUCAUCUCUUUGUAUGCACCCAGCUCGAAUUUCUUGAGUGGCGUGAUUGAAGUAGAAUGUAGUUUUGAAGAGAAGGAGAAUCUUUGAUCAAAGACGGUCAACGGGAAGCUCAUCUGGUUUGAAGUGACUUGAACGUAGAGACUUGUUACCCUUCUCCUCUGUCGAUUUGUAAAGAACCAGAGAAGGAAAGAAACUCCACAGAUGGAGGUUCCUACCACCAAAAACUGUUCGGAGGACAUGAUCGAUAAGACUCCGCAGACUCUCCAUUAAUCAAUCUACAAUCUGGAUGCUGAAAUCUUGUGACCCUGCCUAUGGCAUAUUUAUCCAUCUCAAUAGGCCGCAAGUCAUUCAUGUUACUGUUUGCCACACAGAUGUACAUAUGUAAAUUCUGUUCUUGGUAGUUUUCUGCAAUUGUAGGGGCUUAUUAAAUUAACGUUAUAUGUAAUUUUUUGAUGUUCUCUAGGAGAUAUCUUUCAUGUUUUUGUCAUUGAUGACAUAAGGAGCAAAAUGAAACAGUAAUAUUUUGUUUUUGUA